UCGAAUUCUCAAAAUCAAAUAAUUUGAAAUUUAUUUAAAUAUUUUUGGUCUAGCGACGUCCUAAACUGUCUAAACUUAGAAUGGAUGAAGAACUUUUUGCGAAUAUAUGUGAGAAUGUGCGCUGUACUCUUCUGGCCAGUGAUAUGGAUAAGCUGAAUUAUGUGCGCGAAAUGCAAGCUCGCAUCCAGUAUCAGGCCGUUUUCACGGAUAUGCUUGGCUCCGGUGAUUAUACCGAUGCAAUGGACAAUGACUGGUUGUCAAGACUGCACCGUUACAACGCUGAGAAUACAUCUUCGGAGGUUUUCGAAGGAUCUGAGUUAGAAUUGGCGGAAGAGCUGACGGAGGAGGGGGAAGAAGAAGAAAAAGCAACUACAUCCAAAUCAAUUGAAAGUGAAGAGCUAGCCGUUGACGUGUGGCAAGGUUACUUUAAGGGUUUUCAGAUAUUGAGUGUGACUCAAGAGAGUGUCAUAGGGGACAACAAAAAAUGCAUCGAACUGGUGAACGGAGAGUGUCGUGAUGCGAUAGUUACAUAUUUGCGUUGUGGUAUCCGUUGUUUUGCUAUUGAUCUCUUUUACGGCACUUUUAUCGAAAAUCAGGGCCUGAUUUUACGUCUUCGCGAAAGCGAGUUGAGCUACUCGAAGGAAAUUGGCUUCCCAGUUUCAUCUACAGUUUUCGCUAAGCUUAGUCCACGACUACAGUACACUGGCUUGAUGGAGCCCCCCGACAUGGUGGCGGUACUCAAAAAAGGCGAUCAUAUAAUACUCACCAACAAGCGCGAAUGGUCGACACACUGUACAGCAAAGCGCGUCUAUAUAAAUGCAGGUUUUCUAUUCGUCGAUGUGAAGCCUUACGAUUUUAUAUGCAUCGGACCCGAUAUACAAGUAUGUGUGCACAAGAAGGGUACUAAUCUGUAUUGCACUGUGGAGGGGGGUGGAGAAUUGAGGUCGCGCCUACCCGUGCUGCUCCCCUCGCACUGCACAAAAUUUCUUCUUUCACAGGAGGAAUUGGAAGACAUCACCUUCUGCAAGGAGGUGGGCAUAAACGUGAUUGUGUCCUAUAUUGGCGGCACGGAAGAGUACUUUGAUAAUGUAAAGAAUGCUUUGAAAAUACUGGGUUGUGAGAAAAUGCGUCUGUAUGCCCGUGUUGUCUUGAACGAGAUAAAAGGCUGCGACAACGAUUUGGACUGGAUGGCUGAGGGCUAUGAUGGCUUCGUCAUCGAUUUGAGCCCUUCCGAACAGCAUCCUGAGCAAGACAUACUACACCUUUGCCCUACCGCCGACGCAUUCAUCAAGCAGGCGUAUUUGCUACAGAAGGUGAUCGUCUUGGAUCCCACUUUAAUCACUAAUAAACGCCUAAUCGUCGAACCAGCGCGCUAUCCCCACAUAUUCCUUUAUCCCGAUAAAUAUAUUUUGCCUUCUGAUCGCUCCUUCAGCGGUUUUUACUUCUUCUACUUGCACCACUCAAUCUCGGAGUUACUGAUCAAAGAGGCGUUCAGUAAGAUGCCAUAUUGUGAUCGCUCGCUUACAGGCAGUGACUCGUUGGCACGCUCCGUCGUCUGUGCCUCGUACGAAAUGAACGCCGCUUUGAUAUUUGUUUGUUCGUUGACCGGCCGUAUGGCGAUGAAGAUCGCACAUUUUCGGCCAAAAGCUCAGAUCAUUUUCAUAACGCGCAUGAAAUCCGCAGAAACAUUCAUUUCGAUGCACCACAACGUUACAAUGCUGUACUACAAUGGCAAGGCGGACGACAAUUACCACUGCGCGCUAUACAAGCAUAUCCUCUUCGGCUUAAUGUACGCGAAAUCGCAGCAAAUGGUCAACCAUGAUGACAACGUGAUGUUCGUGUAUAAGGAGAACGCCAGCACGCGAUUACCCGACAAGUAUGUGGCGUACAAGUUUCAUGAGCGCUACUUUCCUCAGCAUCUGGACAAGAUUCUUUUUAGCAAAUUUCCACAUGGAUUUUUCGAACAAAUGCGGCACCCGAAGUCCGAUAGCCAAGAUAUUACAAAUAAAACAGCAGGAGCCGAGCCUGGAAAAUUGGAGGAAAAUGAAAAAUAGAGCUAAGGAUUAGUUAGUUUACCUGUAUUUCUUCAGCAUGUGGCAAAAAAUUGUAAAUCCAUCGUAUUUUAUACCUUAAAUAUA